UUCAACACACAAGUUGUGGGUUUUUCAUUUUCGAACUUGUUUUCCCCUAAAGACAACCUAAAUUUGUUUCGCCCGAGCGCCUUGCUUUUAUCAAUUGAAAAUUUUUAGUGGAUUCAAUUUUGGCCAAGGGAAUCCAGCCCGUAUACGAAAAAUUAGUCGUUUAAUCUAGAACAUUUAGGGGAACCAGACAGACAAGAGAGAUGCCAAUUUUCGCAAGGAACCUGCCCUCGAUUCGCAGCCUGGCCAAGCGCAGUCUGAUCGAAGGCCGGCGCUCACUGACCAGCAUUUCGGGGCUGGAGAAGGGCCAAGGUGGCGCGGUCCAGGGCUUGGGACCCUGGAGCAAGGAUUGGCCUGUGAGGGAGGAGAGCUUUGCGGCCGCCCAGCUCCUGCGGCAGCGGCAGCAGAACCGCCAGUGGAGCAACAACUACUCCGGCCUGGACUCGGCCAUGUUUCGGCCCGUGAUCAAGCCGGAUGAUAUGGUGCCGCGCCGCAACAAUGUGGUGGUCUCCCAGAAUGCAGCCAAGCGCCGGAACGCCAAGUCCGCUCAGUUUACCCACUAUGACGACACGGUAGCCUACAAGGCGCAGCAGAAUCAGCAGGCGGUGGAGGAGCGACUCGAUCGCGAACCGGAAGCCAGGGAAGCCGAGGAGCACGACUACGAGUCAGAUCUCGAGGUCCGGUCCGUUCGCGAGACCGUCUUUGGUCAGCCGGAGGACAACGAGGAGGAGGAGCGCGACCGAGCCCGGGCCGAGCAGGAGCUUCUCCAAAAGGUCACCCUCGCCUCCUCCAAAAUGCAAGAGCGCCCGCUCAGCGAGUCCAUCUCGCGGAAGGUCAUCUCGCCGUACAACUCCUAUCGCAGCCAUCGCACUCGCUGGGCGGAGUUCCGGCACAGCAUGAUCUACGGCCGCACCAGCUAUUAGGCAUCCUUGAUCGAUCUUGUCGUAGGAAAAUCCACCCUGGGCCAUUGAUGUCUCUCUUUGCGGAAAGCCAAAAUUCACGUUUUCCGUUGUACAUAUGUUGGGGCUCGCUUAUUUCAAAAAAAUUAACA